AUGCAUCAGCCUGCCGGUUUCCGUCAUCCAUCUGAUCAUCAUCAUGUCUAUAGACUUAGGAAAUCAUUGUAUGGUCUAAGACAGGCACCACGGGCAUGGUACCAAAGGUUCACAGAUUAUGUCACCACUUUGGGAUUUCACCAUAGUUCAUGCAACCAUUCACUAUUUGUUUAUAGAAAUGGUCACGACAUCGCUUACCUUUUACUCUAUGUAGAUGAUAUCAUUCUUACCACGUCAUCACCGAUAUUAAAGCAACAUCUCGUGUCUUGCCUAUCACACGAGUUUUCCAUGAAGGAUUUAGGGCCUUUGCAUUAUUUUCUUGGUAUUGUUGUCACCAGAAAUCCAGGAGGCCUAUUCCUAUCUCAACAGACAUAUGCCACAGACAUCCUCCGUCGUGCUAAUAUGAAAGAUUGUAAUUCAGUUGCUACGCCUGUUGACUCUGAAGGAAAACUAAGUCAAUCUCCAGGAGACCUUAUAGAUGAUCCAACCACUUACCGGAGCUUGGCAGGUGCCCUACAAUACCUGACUUUCACCCAACCCGAUAUCUCAUACGCGGUACAGCAGGUGUGCAUGCAUAUGCAUGCUCCUCGUCUAGCACACAUGAAUGCUCUUAAAUGCAUUCUCAGGUAUAUUAAGGGGACUCUAUCUAUGGAUCUUCACAUGCAUCACAGUAACCCAUCUAUUCUUAUAGCAUACACAGAUGCUGAUUGGGCUGGUUGUCCAGACACUCAUCACUCUACUUCAGGAUAUUGUGUUUUUCUUGGUGAUAACCUUCUCUCAUGGUCCUCUAAACGGAAAACCACAAUCUCACAAUCGAGUGCAGAUGCAGAAUAUAGGGGUGUUGCAAAUGCAGUGGCUAAAAUAUGUUGGCUACGUAAUUUAUUACUCGAAUUGGGUCAUCAUCCAAUGCGUACUUCUCUAGUAUAUUGUGAUAAUGCUAGUGCGAUUUACAUGUUGGGCAACCCAUACAACAUCAACACACUAAACAUAUUGAUAUUGAUAUUCACUUCGUUAGAGAAAAGGUACAAUGCGGCCAAAUCAGGGUUUUACAUGUCCCGUCACGAUACCAACUUGCCGAUAUAUUCACCAAAGGUUUACCACGAGUAUUUUUUCAAGAUUUUCGAUCCAGUAUAA